CUUGGAAUGAAGGAGACCAAACCCUGUCUCCUAACAGUUUGGUUGCACAGUUUCUGUUUUUAGAAUUGGAAAACGCUAUCUUACAGGUGUCAGCCGAUAACAUUUACAAACCUUACUUGAUCUGUUUAAUGAAUGUGAGUGGAAGUCAAGACAAUGAGUUGACAGAAAACAUAACACUUCUUCUGAACCACGCUCAGCUAAAAGAAGCUCCUUUCACUCAAAACGACACCUAUGAGAAACAUGCAUCUAUUCCAGAGAUCCUACUGUUAAAAACAUCUCGCUUCCGAAGCAUGAUAAAACUUCUUUGUGACUACAAGAGCUUUAAAUCACUGCAGCGUAUCUGUCAGCUCCCUUCUGUUAGCUUUGAAGCACUGUGUGAACAAAGUCAAUUUCAUGAGCAGCUCCUUCGCAGCGCUGAGUUAGGCAAUCACCUUGUGACAGAUGUAGUUAAUCACAACAGGGUCCUUCGAGAACUUCGGGAUGUACUGAUUGGGGAUCCCGCCAAAAUCCAGUUACAAACUGAUUGGAUUCAAAAAAAUGUGCCGCAAAUUGAUUAUUUUCAAGAUAUCCCUCGGUAUAUGGCUAUGAUGAGUUCCAUGAUGAAUACCACCGAGAAUGCAACAGCUUCUAAAAAGCAAGAAAUGUUAGUGGCUGUGUUUAAAAAUGUCGACCAGCUCAAAGAGGAGCUCAGAAAUGAAGCAGGGAUGUCCACAGCAAGUAUCAAAGCCCUGAUGGAAAUGCCUCUCCCAGAAAACAUAACUCAGCUCAUUUCUCAGAUUCUCCAGCUGGAGUCAUGUGACGUCCAUUCCAUCGACCCAAAGUUAGAUGCAGUAGUAAAGGAGUUCUGCCACCUGUCACUCCCGGAAAGGACUCGCCAAUCUUACAUCCUGGGGGUCAUAUUCUUACGUCACUUAGACAUUUACAACUUUCUGUACAAGAUGUUUUUCCCCAAAGAACUGCAGAAAUCAAUGGACAAGAUGUUAGGCUUCCUCAAAGAGAUGGAACAUUUCAGGAACCAGGUGGCGUCUGGCAUGCGUCCACUGCUAGAAGCAAUUAAUUCAUUUAAAAAGCUACGGCAGUCUAGAAAUGUGCCCCUCUCCAAGGCAUUGUUGAAAACAACCGACAUAACAGUAACUCAUGGAUCAUUUAAGUCUAUUUCGAAAGCUCUCUGCAAUGAGGAAAUCACACCCUUGUUUUUUGAAUCUUUGCUGCCUGAUUUUGGAGCUCCAAAAAGACCUAGUUCUUCUACCCAGGAUGAAAAUGUACAGAAAAUAAUGAGGAAAUAUGGCAUUCCCCAGGAUUCCACGCCAUUCUGCUUAUCAUUUUAUCUGGAUUUGGUUAGUACCUCUACUGGAGCUUUAAUAUGGUCUUUCCUUAAGCCUAUGCUGUUUGGGAAGAUUCUGUAUACACCAGACACCCCAGAAACUCGAGCAAUCAUGGAAAAGUCUAAUGCAACCCUGAAGCAAAUGGCUGAUCUAAUGCAAAAGUCCCAGGAAUGGCUGGACAAGUCACCAUUGAUCAUGAAUUCACUGACUACGUUAAACCAAACAAUUCCAGUUGUCAAGAAUACCCUGCAGAAUCCAUUCGUGCAAGUUUUUAUCAAACUCAUGGUGAAGCUGGAUGCUAUCGAACUGCUGAGCCAAAUAAAUGAACUGGAUGAUAUAAGGUUGGAAUUGCAGAACAACGCCGACAUCAUCAAUCAACUGGACACAUUAUCUACCCUGGCAGUAAAUGUAUCCUCCUGUGUGUCGUUUGAUCGCAUUCAGGUGGCAAAAACCAAAGAGGAGCUGGAAAUGGUAGCUAAAGACCUUUUUUUGAGGAACGAACUUUUUGGAAGUGUCAUUUUCAAGCUACCACCAAGAAGUAGCAGACAGAGGAGAGCAACUCCCAGCAGUGUCUCCCUUCCUCCACUGGUGAAUUAUACCAUCCGAAUGAGCAGCAGGAUUUCCCAAACGACGAAUAGGAUCAGGGAGAGGAUCUGGACCGUGGGCCCACAUAAUUCAGCCUCGCAGAGUCAGAUCUACAGCCGAGCCUUUAUCUAUAUCCAGGACAGUAUCGAGAGAGCAAUCAUUGAGCUGCAGACGGGAAAGAGUCCAGAGGAAAUCGCUGUUCAAGUCCAGGCCACUCCCUACCCUUGCUACAAUAAGGAUAUGUUCUUAAGCAGUGUGACCUACUCUCUUCCAUUUGCUCUGAUGGCUGCCUGGUCACUGUUUAUAGCUGCUUUUGUGAAAAAGCUUGUUCAAGAGAAAGAUCUAAGGCUUUAUGAGUACAUGAAGAUGAUGGGUGUUAACUCCAGCAGCCAUUUCAUUGCCUGGUUCAUUGAAAGCGCCACCUUCCUUCUAAUCACAAUCACGUUUCUCAUCAUUAUACUGAAAGCUGGCAACAUCCUGCCCAAAAUCAAUGUGGUGAUCCUGUUUCUAUACCUCAUGGACUACAGCCUCUCCAUCAUAGCCAUGUGCUACCUCAUCAGUGUCUUCUUCAACAACACCAACAUUGCUGCCUUGGUUGGCAGCCUUAUCUACAGCCUCACCUUUUCUCCCUUCAUUGUGCUGCUGGUAAUUGAGAAUCAUUUGAGCUUCUCAGUGAAGAGUCUGCUCAGCCUGUUGUCCCCAACUGCAUUCAGUUAUGCAAGUCAGUACAUUGCUCGUUAUGAGGAACAGGGCAUAGGCCUGCAAUGGGACAAUAUGUAUAGCUCACCAAUGACUGGCGACAAUACUUCUUUUGGCUGGAUGUGCUGGCUAAUUCUGAUAGACUCUUUCAUCUAUUUCAUCCUGGGCUGGUACAUUAGGAAUGUUUUCCCAGGAAAAUAUGGCAUGGCUGCCCCAUGGUAUUUCCCAUUGCUCCCAUCCUACUGGGCCGAACGCUACGGUUACAUACCAUUAUGGAAUGAGAAAAGAUGCAGUCUCCUCUUCACCAAACUCUUGCUAAGGAAAGAGGCUGCAUUCACCAAUAAGAUGUAUGUCAAAAGUGCCCUUCCUCCUAACCUCGAGCCUGAACCCCCCAACCUCACUGUGGGAGUCUCUCUUCAUGGAAUAACAAAGACCUAUGGCUCUAAAGCUGCAGUUGAGAACCUCAGCCUGAACUUCUAUGAAGAAAACAUCACUUCCUUGCUGGGGCACAAUGGAGCUGGAAAAACAACGACAAUGUCUAUUUUGACAGGGCUGUUUCCUGCCUCAUCAGGCAUGAUAUUUGUUUAUGGCAAAGAUAUCAGGACCGAUCAGGACCUCAUCAGGAAGAACAUGGGUGUCUGUAUGCAGCACAACGUGCUAUUUAGUUACCUCACUGCCAAGGAACAUUUGCUGCUCUAUGGCUACAUCAAAGUCCCGCACUGGAGUGAGCAGGAGCUGGAUGAGGAAGUGAAAAGGACUCUGAAGGAUACUGGCUUAUACAACCAUCGUCAUAAACUAACUGGCUCCCUGUCAGGAGGGAUGAAAAGAAAGCUGUCUAUAGCUAUUGCUUUCCUUGGUGGAUCAAGGGUUGUGAUCUUGGAUGAACCAACCACUGGUGUGGAUCCAUGCUCUCGGAGGAGUAUUUGGGAGAUUAUAUCAAAAAAUAAAAAAGGCCGAACAAUUAUUCUCUCUACCCAUCACUUGGAUGAAGCGGAAGUUUUGAGUGACCGAAUCGCAUUCCUGGAACAUGGAGGACUCAAGUGCUGUGGGUCUCCAUUCUACCUCAAAGAAACGUUUGGUGAUGGAUACCACCUGACGCUCACUAAGGAGAAGUGUCCAAACCAGACCCUGACAGAGGAGUACAAUACCUCAGCUGUGACCUCCCUGAUCCAGUCACACCUCCCAGAAGCUUAUCUCAAGGAAGAUGUUGGUGGAGAGCUUGUGUAUGUGCUUCCGCCAUUCAACUCCAGAGUUUCUGGAGCGUAUCAGUCUCUCCUGAGGGCUCUAGAUACCGGCUUGAGUGGUCUCCACAUUGGUUGCUAUGGCAUUUCCGACACCACCGUGGAAGAGGUAUUUCUUAACCUGACUAAAGACCUGGAGAAAGACAAACAGCAUGAUCCUGGAUUGUCCCAAGAUGUGCCUGAGCCCAGUGGACUAAUGGACAGCAAAGAGAUGUCUCGGAGCACUGAUAGCUUCACUGAAAGAGAUGACCAAGCCCUGGUCAGAUCAAAAAGGGUGACCGGUUUGCCACUGCUGCUCAAGAAGACAAUGGCUGUUUUCAUUAAGAGGUUCCACCACACCCGACGGAACUUGAAAGGCUUUUUUACUCAGGGCAUCCUACCCGUGAUCUUUGUGACGGUAGCCAUGGGCCUCAGCACAUUGAGAACUGAGGUGGCUGAAUACCCAGAACUCCACCUUUCUCCCUCCCUGUAUGGUUCCUCAGGGCAGGCAGAUUUCUUUGGGAACUUUAAUGAGACCACAGAUGCUUUAGUUGCUUCAAUGCUUUCUUUCCCUGGAACAGAUAACACAUGCUUGAAUGAAAGCAAUUCGGUGUGUUUGAACGACAGUGUGCUUGGCCAGUGGGUAUUCCAUGGAAACCAGAGUACUAGAUAUUCUGCAUGCAACUGCACAGACAGCGGCCAGACGUGUCCAAAGAUUGACUUCUCCCCACCUCACAAAAGAACUUUUUCCUCUCGGAUGAUUUAUAAUCUUACUGGGCAUGAUGUGGAAAUGUACCUUCUAGCAACUGCCAAAGAUUUCCUCCAGAAAAGAUAUGGUGGCUGGAGCUUUGGGUUGCCUUUGACUACUGACCUCAAGUUUGAUAUACGCCCAGUGCCUGCAAACAGAACACUAACUAAGGUGUGGUAUAAUCCAGAGGGGUAUCACAGCCUUCCAGCCUACCUCAACAGCCUCAAUAACUUCAUUCUUAGAGCGAACAUGCCGAAAAACGAGUCUUCCAAAUAUGGUAUUUCCGUUGUGAGUCAUCCCUAUCCUGGAGGACAGAGUAAAGAACAAGUCAUGCUCAGUAGCUUGCUUGAUAUCCUAGUCUCAAUGUCUGUCCUGAUUGGCUACUCCAUCACAACAGCCAGCUUUGUGCUUUAUGUGGUAAAAGAACAUCAGACCAAAGCUAAGCAACUGCAGCAUAUUUCAGGCAUCGGUGUGACGAGCUAUUGGGUGAUCAACUUCAUCUACGACCUGAUUCUUUUUAUGGUCCCGGUUGCCCUCUCAAUAGGAGUUAUUUCAGCUUUCCAAAUACCUGCUUUCUUCAACGAUAAUAACCUAGUGGCUGUAUUUCUUUUGAUGAUGAUGUUCGGAUAUGCAACGUUUUCAUGGAUGUAUUUGCUGGCUGGGAUCUUCAAGGAAACAGGAAUGGCCUUCAUAGUUUAUGUCAGCAUCAACUUGUCCUUUAGCAUUAAUACCAUCAUUACUCACUCGGUUGUGUUUCUACUGGCCCAGGAAAAGGCUACUGAUCAGGGCUUGCAUAAUCUCGCUGAAAUCUUGAGGCAUGUUUUCCUAAUCUCUCCACAAUUCUGCUUUGGAUAUGGCUUGAUUGAAUUGUCUCAGCACCAGGCACUGAUGGGCUUCUUAAAAGCCUACGGAGUGGAUUACCCUGACAGAACCUUUGAGAUGGACAGAAUAAGCUCCAAGCUGCUUGGCAUGUUUAUUCAGGGCACUAUAUUCUUUGCCGUUCGGCUUUUAAUGCAUGACGGGAUGAUUCAGAAAGUCUGGUCUAGUAUAUUAGAAUUCCUGUUCGACAAAGUGCAUGGCAGGCUACCGCUUCUGCUGGAGGCAGCUGAUGAAGACAAAGAUGUUCAGGCUGAGAGGGAGCGGGUUGAGUCUGGCCAAGCAGAUAUCGACGUGGUACAACUCCAGAGCCUCACCAAGAUCUACCAUCUUCCUCUCAGAAGGAUCAUGGCAGUCAAAAAUGUCAGCAUUGGAAUUCCAGCAGGAGAGUGCUUCGGGCUGCUUGGAGUGAACGGUGCCGGAAAGACAACUAUCUUUAAAAUGCUAACAGGAGACAUCGGGGCUACCAGUGGAAGAUUGAGAGUCCGGGAUCAAACUGGAUCCCUGAGUGACAUUGAUGACACCCACUGGUCGCUCUUUGGCUACUGCCCUCAAGAAGAUGCCUUGGAUGACUUGCUGACGGUGGAAGAGCACAUGUAUUACUAUGCUCGGCUACACGGCAUCCCAGAGAAACAGAUUAAAGGAAUUGUACAUCAGCUUCUUCAUAGACUUAAUCUGAUGCCGUACAAAGACAGAGUCACCUCAAUGUGCAGCUAUGGCACUAACAGAAAGUUAUCGACUGCUCUGGCCCUCAUUGGUAAUCCAUCAAUUCUAUUGCUGGAUGAACCAAGCUCUGGAAUGGAUCCUAAUGCUAAACGACACCUUUGGAAAAUCAUCUCUGAGGAAGUACAGAACCAAUGUUCAGUGAUACUCACUUCCCACAGCAUGGAAGAAUGUGAAGCUCUCUGUACCAGGCUAGCUAUUAUGGUGAAUGGACGUUUCCAGUGCCUUGGCUCUUUGCAGCAUAUUAAGAGCAGGUUCGGAAGAGGAUUCACUGUGAAGAUGCACUUGAUGAGCAGUGCGGUCAACACGGAGGCUCUGACAGAGUUAAUGCAGUCCCACUUUCCAAAUACAUGCCUGAAGGACCGGCAUCUCAAUACGGUGGAAUAUCACGUGCCUGUCUCCGCAGGAGGAGUAGCAAACAUAUUUGAUCUUCUGGAAACCAACAAAAUCGCCUUCAAAAUCAGGCACUUCUCAGUGAGUCAAACCACUCUAGAGGAGGUUUUCAUCAACUUUGCCAAAGAUCAGACUGGGGCUGACAGCGCAGCUGCGAGUACAGAUGUAGGCUCAAACUGCUCGGAUACAAGUAGCCAAGAUACCAACAUAAAUGUCACCUGUUAAAGGGAUAUUGCAGUGUUUAAAAAAAAAGCCAUAUUUUUCUAAACGAUGUGGUUUUUUUUACUUAUUUUGUUAUUAGUAACCUGGUAAACAUGUAAACCUGGCAUAUCAGAUUGGUCUUGCCCCAGUCAUACAGUUCUUGUUCUAGGUUUAUUUUAUAUCUAUAUUGCAAAGUUGGUGACAUCUCCUGAUACUUGCUGUUCAAAUACUCUGGAAAUUCUUCGCCAUUGGCUGUCACCAAGAAGACCAGUGGGGGAUAGAGUGGAACAGUUGCUCUGGAGUCAGGGACAUAAGUGAGGAGGAUGGGACAGUCCUUCAGAUGCUAGCUGGGCUCCCAGGAAACCCAGGGUUCAAUUUCCUGCUUUGCCACAGACUUCCUGUGGGACCUUGAGCAAAUCACUUGAAAUGUCAGUCAAAUGGAGGUUUAACAACAUUUCCCUGCCCCCCAGAGGUGUUGUGAGUCUGGAUACAUCAAAGGUGGUGAUACUCCACCAGCAGUGGGGUCCAUCUUAG